UUACCUGCAGUCUGAACAAUACCAUACGUCCAAAGCAAGCUUGUGCUCGCGACACGCCAACCUCUCGAGUCAAUCCACCGUCCGCAAAACGUCGUCUAAAGGCAUCGAUAGAAGACACCUUGUAUAUUGGUACAAUCGAACUAGCUCCUCUCUGGACCCCAAGGCCGCUGCCAGGCAUAUUUACGAGGUCUAUGAGUGCCUUGAACACUGAGUCGCCGUCUCCCAGCUUACUUGAGCUUCUCUAGGGGUGCAGUGGUGCCUUGGGUGUCGCAGGCCAAUUCACCUCACUUCAUACGUGUCAGGCCGUUCAUGCAGAGACCUCACACUUGUGCUACCCACACCGAGCAUCGUUACUGCUUGCAAUCCCAGCGUUUGUCAAUCCGAGCAACCGACGACGCGCUCAAACCACGAGCUCGAUCUCGAGCCGUGCAACCCAGAGCUGGGCAUCGGCAGCUCGCCCUCCCGGCACGUCGCCGAUGUCCAGGGUCUCCUUCACAUGCCAAAACGCCAAGCCCGAUCAGCGGGAUGUGCAAUGCUUAUGCAUGGCCUAGCUCGCACGUCCGUUGCAGACGCCUGCACGACGCCACAAGUGCUGCUCCAAUUUUUUACGGGAGAGAAAACUUUUCUCCCACCCAACCACUGCGGGUCCAUGCGUGGCCCCGUGGAGAUUGGGGGCCCACAAGGGGCGGUCAGCACUGCACUCCACGAAUUUUCAACCAAAUGCAACUUUCGUGUCGCGGUUUUGAUGAGAAGGGGUGUUGCAACGGCCAGCACCCGAUCGCGUGCUUACUUGCUUGCUGCUUCUAGCUAGCUUUGCCGCCGCGGUCUGGGCCCCUGUUCAUGCG